GUGGGGCCGCCCAGAUCGACAGCCUUCUACUGCUUCCCAGUCAAGCCCAUCGACCGGUCGGCGGCCUACCCCCGCCACAAUGACCUCCACCGUGGCCGAAUCCAGCCCCAGACCCGCCGGCACCUACACCUUCUCCAGCCGGCCCCGAGCCCUGCCCUGCCAGCGCCGCCGCUACCGGGAGUGCUUCGGGUCGUCAGAAGAAGAACCUAUUCGCUAUGGAAACAUUAUGUACGACAGAAGGGUUAUACGAGGCAACACUUAUGCUCUACAUUCAUUUCCACCGACUACUCAACCCGAUCCCAUUGAACUCCAAAGACAGCAAGAGAUCAAGAGAAAAGCUCUUGCCAGAAAGCGAGCCAGAGAACAUCUUCGACUAAGAAGUCCUGAACCUGUAGAAGGCAGAAAACAUGUUGAUGUACAGACAGAGUUAUACCUAGAAGAGCUUGCUGACCGCAUAAUAGAAGUUGAUAUGGAAUGUCAAACUGAUGCAUUUCUGGACAGACCACCAACACCACUCUUUAUCCCAGCCAAAACUGGCAGAGAUGUAGCCACCCAAAUACUAGAAGGCGAGCUGUUUAACUUUGACAUCGAAGUCAAGCCGAUGUUGGAAGUCUUGGUGGGAAAGACCAUUGAACAAGCUUUGCUGGAAGUCCUGGAAGAAGAAGAAUUGGCUGAACUACGGAUGCAUCAACAGCGGUUCGAAGAAUUACGGAAUCUGGAACUUGCAGAAGUCCAGCGGCUCGAAGAACAGGAGAGGCGCCACCAGAAGGAGAAGGAACGUCGCAGACAGCAACAACUAGCAGUAUUACACAAACAGAAUGAGACUUCACAGAAAAUUGCAGCUCGAGCAUAUGCUAAGAUUUACUUGGCUGACCUCCUUCCAUCUGUCUUUGGCAAUCUCAGAGAUAAUGGUUAUUUCUAUGAUCCUAUAGAAAGAGAUAUUGAGAUUGGAUUUCUACCCUGGUUGAUGCAUGAAGUAGAUAAGACAAUGGAAUACCAAACGGUGGGAAGAGUAGUACUUGACAUGAUGAUUCGUGACGUGGUUGAAAAUAGGUUGAAAAUGUUUGAACAGCUUGGAGUUAAAGAGUCAAAGAGUAUCCCUGAUGAGAAUGACAAAGAAAGGAAAGAAUCAUUGGGAACAGGAGCUGAACAAGUCAUAGAGGAUGUCAACCAACAGGAUUCACAGCAGACAAAUGGUUCCCUGGAGAAGAAGCCAUCUGCAGAAGGGAAGCUGUCUAUGGAGAGGAAGCCAUCUGCAGAAAGGAAGCAGUCUACAGAAAAGGAUUCCUUGGAGAAAAGUGCAUCUUUGGAGAAGAAGAAAUCAGUAGAGAAAGUACCAUCUGAGGAGAUUGAGCCAUGAAACCAAGGGACAGCCAAACCAUCAAAUAAUCAGGAGACCUUCAUUCAGGAAGAUCAUUUAUCGUGCUUCGGGAAAAGAAAAGGUUUAACAGCAGUUUUCUGGACUCAGCUACUCACUGUGAAAAUUGUCUUG